UUAUGGAGUUGCCUCACGUGAAGUUGUCAGCGGCAAUCAUUGUUUUGGGACGUGUUUUUAAUAGUAGAAAAUUCAACGAGAACAUUAUUUUUUCAUCCACAAAUUCCAAAGUUGAUGAUAACAUCAGAACCAUCAUGUUUGCGGGGCUGUCUGAGCUCGGAAUCUCCAACGGCGAGGAUCUUAAAGAAACUCUCACGAACUGCACGGAGCCCCUGAAAGCGAUCGAUCAGUUUCAGAUGGAGAAUGGUAUCCUGCUGCCAACGCUCCAGUCGGCUCUGCCCUUCCUGGACCUCCAUGGGACGCCUCGGCUGGAGUUUCACCAGUCCGUCUUUGAUGAGCUCCGAGAGAAACUGAUGGAGCGGGUUGCUACCAUUGCAGAAGGAAAGGAUGAAGACAGAUAUGGAAAACUUGAAGAGCUGCUGGAGAAGAGCUUUCCACUUGUGAAAAUGCCAUCCAUUCAGCCAGUGGUAAUGCAAGUGCUAAAGCAUCUACCCAAGGUGCCAGAGAAGAAACUAAAGAUGGUGAUGGCUGACAAAGACCUGUACAAGGUGUGUGCUGUUGAGGUGAAAAGACAGAUCUGGCAAGAUAACCAAGCUCUGUUUGGGGAUGAAGUCUCCCCCCUUCUAAAGCAGUACAUUGUGGAGAAGGAAGCAGCUCUGUUCAGUAGUGACCUCUCCAUCCUGCACAAUUUCUUCAGUCCUUCUCCGAAAAUGCGACGCCAAGGCGAGGUGGUUUUAAAGCUGACCCAGAUGAUAGGAAAAAAUGUGAAGCUCUAUGACAUGGUUCUGCAGUUCUUGCGAACGCUCUUCCUCCGAACACGAAAUGUCCACUAUUGCACACUGAGAGCAGAGCUGCUGAUGUCUCUGCACGAUCUGGACAUCAGUGAGAUCUGCACGGUGGAUCCCUGCCAUAAGUUCACUUGGUGUUUAGACGCCUGCAUCCGUGAGAAGUUUGUGGAUGGCAAGAGAGCGAGGGAACUGCAAGGUUUCCUGGACGGUGUGAAAAAAGGACAGGAACAAGUCCUUGGGGACCUGUCCAUGAUCCUCUGUGACCCAUUUGCCUGUAACACCAUAGUCCUGAGUAUAAUGAGGAACUUGCAGGAGCUGCUGAGUCAAGACGCACUACCUCGAGACAGUCCAGACCUGAUGCUUCUGCUGAGGAUGCUGUCCCUGGGUCAAGGAGCAUGGGAUAUGAUUGACAGCCAGGUCUUCAAAGAGCCUCGUUUGGACUUGGAAGUGGUGACCCGGUUCCUUCCUGCCAUGAUGUCGGUGGUUGUGGACGAUCACACCUUCAUGGUGGACCAGAAGCUGCCCAGUGAAGAGAAGAGCUCGGUGUCGUACCCAGCAGGUCUCCCCGACGCCUUCAGCAGAUUCCUGCAGGACAACAGAGUGGCCUGUGAGAUGGGUCUCUAUUACAUCCUUCACAUCGCUAAACUCCGGAACAAGAACGCCUUACAGAGGUUACUGCCUGCUCUAGUGGAGACGUACAAUGACAUGGCCUUUAGUGACAUUUUCCUGCACCUGCUGACCGGACACCUCACUCUGCUGUCGGACGAGUUUGGAUCAGAAGACUUCUGUACCGUCGUCUUCGAUGGAUUCCUGCUUAUUUCAUUCUCCAGCAAAGAAAAUGUCCACAGACACGCCCUCCGCAUGUUGCUGCAUCUCCAGCACAAAGUGCUGCCGUCCUACAUGGAGAUGCUGAUGAAAACUCUGGAACCUCCCAAGCAGAGCAGCGAGCCGCUCAAGGAGCUGUACGCUCAGCUGACGGCCAAGCUGGAGGCCCAGAAGAAAAGCCCCCGGACCCCGGAGGAGACCCCAGCCCUGAACCUGGGGACCCUCCACCCUGUCCCUGUCUCCACCACCACCCCCUCCACUCCCACUACACCUGUCUGAGACCCCUGAACCUGGGGACCCUCCACCCUGUCCCUGUCUCCACCACCACCCCCUCCACUCCCACUACACCUGUCUGACCCCCCCAGCAUGGACGGGUGAAGCCGUCGGCUUCAUGAUGGUUAUUAGUGUUUAGCACCGGUGGACAGUCUUCCAUCUGACGGGACCCAAAAAACACCUUUUUUUCCCCAAAAAUGAUCUUUUUUAGUUUGUUUUUUCAGUCUUGUCUAGAUAUACAUAGUUUUUAAAUGUAACUGGGGUGUCUUGUGUGUAAUAUUUGUAUUGUCAGCAUUGUAAGAACUAUGUAAAUAAACCUGUUUACAAAUA